GGGAAAAACAACAUCUGAGCGGUCACGUACUUUGCAGCAGGGUGUUUGUGGAGGAAGCAGUUGCUGGUAAAUUCAAAUCUUCAGUGGAUUCGGGAGGAGGCUCAGUCGCUUUCAACUUGAGCGGGAGGUAAACGUGUUGGAAGGAAGGGGUCGCCAAAUAGGAACCACAUCAACGAGUGAGAAAGGAAAGCAAGCGAAACCUGUGAGCAAGAGAAAACUCGGACUGAGAGGAGCGAAAGGAGAAACAGAGGAGUUUUCAUCUCGAGGCCAAACGUCUGUCUGUGUGCACGAUGGUGUCUUUUGGACUGGAAGUGGUCGGUUGCGUUCUCUCAGUGCUCGGCUGGAUGCUGUGCAUAGUCAGCUGUGCUCUGCCAAUGUGGAGGGUCUCCGCCUUCAUUGGCGCCAACAUCGUCACGGCGCAGGUGUACUGGGAGGGCCUGUGGAUGAGCUGCGUGUUCCAGAGCACGGGGCAGAUGCAGUGUAAGGUCUAUGACUCCAUGCUGGCUCUACCCCAGGACUUGCAGGCGGCCAGGGCGCUCACCAUCGUCUCCAUCAUCGUGGGUAUGGUGGCCCUGCUCAUCUCCCUCGUCGGAGCAAAGUGUACCACCUGCAUCGAAGACGAGGGCGCUAAGGCCAAGGUGAUGGCUUCCGCCGGGGGGGCCUUCAUCGUUGCAGCUCUGGCCCAGCUCGUGCCAGUCUCCUGGUCGGCACACACCAUUGUGAUCGAGUUCUACAGUCCGCUCAUCCCGUCUGGACAGAAGAUGGAGAUCGGGGCAGCGCUGUAUCUGGGCAACAUGUCGAUGGGCCUGGAGAUUGUGGGCAUCGCCCUCGGCGUCAUUGGAUUUAUCAUCGCCAUAGUGACCUGUGCCAUGCCAAUGUGGAAGGUGUCGGCCUUCAUCGGAGCCAACAUCAUCACCGCUCAAACCAUCUGGGAGGGCUUGUGGAUGAACUGUGUCACCCAGAGCACGGGCCAGAUGCAGUGCAAGAUCUACGACUCCAUGCUGGCCUUGCCCUCAGAGCUCCAGGCCUCCAGAGCCAUGACCAUCAUCUCCAUCAUACUCGGCGUGCUGGGAGUCAUGAUCUCCAUCGUUGGCGCAAAGUGUACAAAUUGCAUCGAAGACGAGGCAUCCAAGGCCAAAGUGAUGAUCAUCUCUGGAAUCUUCUUCCUCCUCGCCGGUCUUCUGGUCCUCAUCCCUGUCUCCUGGACGGCCAGCGUCAUCGUCAGGGAUUUCUACAACCCCCUCGUAAUCAUAUCACAGAGGAGAGAGAUAGGGGCUGCACUCUACAUCGGCUGGGGAGCGGCUGUGCUGCUCAUAAUUGGUGGAGCGCUGCUGUGCAAAAGUUGCCCACCGAAAGAGAAGAAGUACCAGCCGCCAAGGAUGGCGUACUCUGCCCCGCGCACCACCACCAGCGCAGGGUAUGACAGGAAAGACUAUGUUUGAUUCCUAAGGGGAAUUAGGAUUGAAUGCAAAUGUCUGUUGUGUGUGUACAGUAUGUGUGUGUGUGUGUGUGUUGACUUAUACCACAGGGCGAACGCCUUGAAAAGACUCCGAGAUGAAGAUACGUGUAGAUACGUGUAGUUUUCUUUUUUUUACCGGCGUGUACAGCGUAUAUGUUCUUUACUCUUCUCUGCUGUAUUCCAGCAGCUGUCAUGUCUCCUCUAACAUGCUUUCAACUGCCAGCAUGUGAACUUUUCUUAUUCCUUUGAUAUGUUUAACUCCCACAGAGUAAUAUUUAUACGAGAGAAACUUGUGUGUGUGAGUGAGUGUGUGUCGUUGGGGGCGGCAGGUGUUGUGUUUCACUGAAACCUUCAGUUUAAACACACCGCGUGUCAUUCGCUAACAAUGGCAACGAGGAAGUGCCGGCUCUCGUUUUUCAUGGAUUUGCUUAUGGGAUUGUUUAGUUUGUGUGUGUAUGUGUGUGUGCGUGCGCACAGGUGUGUGUGUGUGUGUUUUGCAUGGUGAUAUUUGCGUAGGUGAGUUUCUGCUGAGACUGAAACUAAAGAUGAGUCCAUGGCCCAAGGUAAUGACAUUAUCAUCUUCCACAAAGAGACUUUUUUUCACUUGUCAAGCAGUGUCUGACUUGUAUAUAGUCGUAUGUGUAUUUUUAAUUGUCAUUUUUUUCUCCAUAUUAUUCCAGUGUGCAUCUGUGAUUGAAAUAUUUGUCAUUAUUAUAUAUUAUAUGUCAUUUUGUGUCAAUUGUGCAUCAUUUCGAAACAUUUUCUUUGUUAUUUACUUGUACAGGCGUCUAUAUUUUCACACAAAGGAUGAUUUGUGUGUGUGUGAGAGAGAGCGAAAGACCCUGAGGGAACAUGAACAUAGCUGUUCAGCUACAGUAGGAUGUGUUUCCAGAUCAGCAGGAUGUGCUUUUUUUUGCGUGUGCAUAAAACAAAUAUUCCACAAAUCCAUUUCAAAUGUUUUCAUAGCAGAUGUUGUGUGUGUGCGCGAUGUAGCGUUUUGCUCUGGUGUUUCUCAAACACUGUUCCAAGAGCAAUUAUAAGUUUUAUAGUUGUGUUUGAAUUUCAAAUAUGUUCAAAGAUUUCAAUAAAAAAAAAUGUUUUUAAAAGA